AUGAUUCGUCCCCAAAGUUGAUCCUCGGGUCGGAGUUCAGAAGAGCUAGAGCAACAGCUUGAGAAUUGCUGCUGGCGGUCAGAGGAAAGUGAUGAGGCCGAGCAUGUGAGAGAAAGAUGGCUGAGCGUAUCUGGGACGUUGCGAUUUGGCAGUCACACGAACGAUGAGGUGAAAGAGGAUAGGGGCACUCGGCAUCGAAUUGCAAACCGCAAGCGCACUCGGCAGAAUCGCGGUUCAGAGAUCGAGUCGAGUUGGACCACGCGUACCGUCUACGUGCGCUUGCGUGGUUGCAACCGUGACUGUGACUGGCUGGCUGUGUUCAGAUGGCCACACGGCGACUUGACUUGCGCGCGUGGGUGCAUAUACAGUAUAUACGCACGGGCGCGGCGUGUUCAGCCGUCUUUAGGCGCUCGCUCCUGGAUAGCUACAGUAGCGGAUCUCGCAUACUUUGAACGCCGGCAGCUGGCAGAUGCAGUACAGUAGUAGUAGUACUAUAGUACUCGCUACGGUGACUGUACACUCACUCACUCAAGACGACUUCUUUGCACCUGUAUCCAACGCGCGUGUCAACCUCAUCAUCACUCACGACUGCAUGGCGCACCAAGCACGCGGGCAAAAGGGGCGCGCACAAGCACACGUGAUCGCUCACGACGUGACUCCCGAAAGUCUAGUCUCUGAGUCGUGAGUCGUGGGUUGAAUGCCAAAAUGUCGAGGCCCAGCACUAGAGACGCCAAACAGAGUCGCACUCGUACAUAGAGAAUCCAGUCUCUAGAAUCCAAGAGUGAGCAUACGAUGAGCGAAACGCUGUUUGUCUCCAGUCGCAGCAUACAGCAAUCACUCCGACGGCGCUCGAGUUCGCACCCACGCAAGUUUGCACACUCGGGUCCUGAAUCGCAACGUCGAUGAACUUCAAUUUCCAUUCUCGUAGGACGAUAAAGAGAGGGAGUGGAAAUGAUAGCUGGUCGAAAUCGAUUUCGUUGCGAACAGCGUGGGGCCAGACUGACCAAAGUGUGAUCGGGCACAGAGCCACGCUCGACGAGCCCAUCAAAUGCAAGUGGGAAUGGAC